UCCCUCUUCAUCAUCCUCUUCGAUCUAUAUUCAUAUAUAUAUAUAUAUAUAUAUACAAACAUGGCAACUUCUCGAAUCUCACUCUUCUUAGUAGUCUCUCUGCUUCUUCUGAUUACCUUCUCUAACAUAGCCGAGGGUUAUGGUCGAGUUAAGCUCAGAUCGUCAUCAGAAUGCAGGCCAAGAUGUAUGUAUCGUUGCUCGGCAACAUCACACAAGAAGCCAUGCAUGUUCUUCUGUAUAAAAUGCUGCUCCAAGUGCCUCUGCGUCCCUCCUGGUACUUACGGCAACAAGCAAGUCUGCCCUUGUUAUAAUAACUGGAAGACGAAGGAAGGAGGACCAAAGUGCCCUUGACCUAAUUUCUUCUUCUUCUUCUUCUUCUUCUUCUUCUUCUUCCAAUUUUUCAAUAUUAAUGUAUUUGUUUCAGUAAUUACUUCAAUGUCUUAAUUAUGUAAUCACCUUAUUAAUUAAGUUAAUAUUAGCAUUUAUAAUACUAUCCAGAGAA